UUUCUGCUCUUUUCCCCUCCACAGGUUCAGACUCUGCUGCAACAGAUGCAGGACAAGUUCCAGACCAUGUCAGACCAGAUCAUUGGAAGGAUUGAUGAAAUGAGCACACGUAUUGAUGAUUUGGAAAAAAACAUUGCUGACCUGAUGACCCAGGCUGGUGUCGAGGAGAUCGAGGCAACACCAGAAAAAGCUAAAGAGGGUCAAGGAUCAUAAUGAAGGUUCCUAAAUCACAAGGCGUGAAGUCGGUCCUGUAUUCAGGAGCAGCAGACUUUUUCCAUUCUGAAAAUGACUAAUU